AUGGACGGAGCGUUCGCAGGGAAAUUGGCGCUGGAUGCGAAGGCGUUGGAUGCAGACAUCCAGAGCAUCAAGGUGGCGCUGGCGGAACUCGACUCCAUGAAGCCUCGUAGACAAGCGUACCUUCAGCGGGGUAAUUUGUUCUUUUUGACCAAGCCGGAGAUAGCUACACGUGCUAAAGAAGACGAGCUCGAGGCCAAGCAAGCCAAACGUCGUGAGGUCGGUCUCAAACGAGCGCAAUUGUAA